AUGUAUUGGGUUGCUGGGGGUUCGGUGGCUGGGGGUUCGGUUGCUGGGGGUUCGGUUGCUGGGGGUUCGGUUGCUGGGGGUUCGGUUGCUGGGGGUUCGGUUGCUGGGGGUUCGGUUGCUGAGAGUUCGGUUACUGAUAAUGUGAAGAAGGCUGCGAUUAAUGUAGUAGCAAAAUGCAAUACCGAAUUAUCCGAGGAAGAACAAUUAGCUAUAUUCCAUUUGGAAAAAUUUUGGGGAAGAAGGCACAGAACAUUAUGUGUGAGCAAUUCAAUAUAG